AUGCCUCAUACUGCUACAAGCUGCCGAUCUCUGGCGGGUCUCCGACCUAUUCCAUGCACCUCUUCACCGACGCUGGACAGUGACGAUGAGCUGUCUAAUUACCAGGAGACUCUAUUGAUGCCGCUGGCAAGAAUCGAAGUCGAAAGCCAGGCCUGUGGGAAGUUUAAACAGCUGAUCAAGAUCCCGAUUCGGAGGGACCAGUUUAUACGAAUCGGUAGCGGCGAGAAGAGGUUACGGGCCAUGAUCCAAGACCGACUCCGUACGGUUGCUCUUUUACUGACCUGCAUUAGCAACCUUCGAAUUAAGGAUGCGGGUGUUUCGCCCGUACACUGCGAAAUUUAUUCUGUCGUCUUUGAAAGCGACGAACGUUGCAUCUCUCUAAUCUACGUUCGCGACUGCCAGUCGAUAACUGGGACGCAUGUGAAUGGCCACCGCAUUGGCAAAGGACCCUACAUCACUUCUGCCCAGCUCCUCGAAAACGACGACAUUAUUCGUGUUGGUCCCUGUAGACUUCAGGUCCGCAGCGACAUGGCCCAAGGAGGUGAUAUGGCAUUGAGCCGAACCCAGAGAGAGGAAACCUCUCUUUUCGAGGACCACUAUGUGGUCAGAGAUAUCGUCAUAGGACACGGAUCGUAUGGCACAGUGCACCUUGCUGUGAACGUCAAGACAAAUCGGCAGGUGAUAUGCAAAGUCCACGAUCUAGAAGGGCUCGAAAAUCUGGAGCCGUUUGCGAUCCGUGGUGUGGACCAGGAAAUGUUUAUCUGGAGCCAUCUUGAUCACCCUAAUAUCAUUGCCUUCCAACGUGCAUUUCGGACAAACAAGAACAUGGAAGUCUGGUUCGCAGGUGGGAGACAUGGGGUCUCGGUCGACAUCUGGGCUAUUGGGGUCUUGACACUGCAGCUUAUAGCUGGUGAUGAUCCCGUCGACAUGCCGUUGGAGUUCGCAGACAUGUCAGAGAUUGGAGAGUUUGUCUGGUCGGUCUUAUAUAAGAGGAUGGCGUCAAUGAGCGAGCCCAUGUCAGACUCCGGUCUGCGCUUUCUUAUGGCAUGUCUCAACCUUGACCCCAGCAAACGGCCGUCUGCGAAAGAGGCAUCAGGACACAUAUGGCUGACUAAGCAACCGGAGAGGUCUAUCUUUGAAGAGAGAGAGAGGCAGCUAGCUUGGGAACCACGCGACAUUCUGAUCCCAGCUGUCGUUGAUCUUCGAGAAGCUACUCGCACGGUAUUCGGUAGCGAAUAUUGUGCGAUGCACGAUGCUAGUGAGCUGGAAGGAUCACAGGAGUCUGAGCCUGAUGACCACAGAUUGACUCAAGAGACGUCGCCAGCGUCAAAGGUAAUGGGUUGUCCAAAUCAACGCAUGAAAGUGUGCGAGCGAGGCCAGACGACAAUAGUCACCAACGGGAAUCCUGUAGCUGCGAAUGGUCGGAACCAUUCUGCGCCAUGA